CAGUGACAUAUUGCUGCUAAUAAUCUAUUAUAAUUGAUCAUAGUGCAAGAGAUGGGAGAAUGAGAAUUUGAAUUCUUUAUCUUCUAAAACAUUUUAGGAAUCAGAACAACAUGGCAACUGAAGUGAAGCUUUUUAGAUCAUGGUCAAGUCGAUAUGCUUUAAGAAUAGUAUGGGCACUGAAGCUCAAAGGUGUAGAAUUCGAGGCCAUUUUUGAGGAUCUUUCUAAUAAAAGCUCUUUACUCCUCCAGUAUAAUCCGGUUCAUAAGAAAGUUCCAGUGCUUGUCCACAAUGGCAAACCUGUCUGCGAAUCAUUGGUGAUCCUGGAGUAUGUGGAUGAAACAUGGAAUGGUGCUCAUCCCCUUCUCCCUAAAGAUCCAUUUGCAAAAGCUGAGGCGCGCUUCUGGGCAAAAUUCAGUGAUGACAAGCUAAUGCCAUUGAUAAGGAAGGCUACUCUUGGAAAUGGUGAAGAGAAAGAGGAAGCCAGGGUUCUGACUGCAGAAAAUCUGAAACAUGUCGAAGAACUACUCAAGGGAAAGAAAUUCUUUGGCGGUGAGAAGAUUGGGUACGUUGAUCUGGCAUUCGGGUGGAUGGCCUAUCUGAUCAAUGUCUUGGAGGAAGUAUCUGGCGCGACAUUGAUAAAGAAAGAGGAAUUUCCUCUCUUAUCUAAAUGGAUGGAGAAUUUUUAUGAAUUUCCAGAAUUCAAGGAAAGUUGGCCAGACCAUGACAGGCUCAUCACCAAGUUCAAAAACUAUGGUUGAUAGUAAAUAUUGUGCCAGAAAUGCUUCCAAAUAAACUAUAUUCUAAAGCCUCUGUAUGCCUAAAUUGUGCUUGUGUAUCCAUGAGUUUGAAUAAAAGAUUAAAUGUUCAUGUUUCUUGAAUAA